AUGGUUCACAGCCAAAGCGUCAUGAAAGGCUACAUCGGGCAUCCAGAAGCUACUGCUGAAGCAUUGGGCGAUGAUGGCUGGUUGCGUACAGGAGAUUUAGGCUUAUACGACACCGAUGGAGGAAUUCAUAUUAUCGACAGAUUAAAGGAGAUGAUAAAAUGCAUGGAUAAUACCGUCACCCCCGCUGAACUGGAAGAACUUCUAUUGACCCAUGAGGCUGUUGCAGAGGCCGCAGUUGUGGGGGUUCCCAGCUCCAAGUACGGCGAGGCUCCAGCAGCUUGUGUCGUUGUCAAAGACGGUUUCGAGAAAAACCUCGAGAGUCUGUCGAUGGAAUUAAAGGAGCUCAUUGCAGAUCAAGCGGCUGUUUUCAAGCAGCUGUACGGCGGAGUUUCCUUUAUGAAAUCUCUUGCCAGGUCCCAAACCGGAAAGAUCCUGAGACAAGACCUCAAGUCAAAGAUUGCUCAUGAAAAAUAA